AUGGCUCACCAGGGAGACCAAAUGCGCGAAAAGGAAAAUAAUUUAAACGCGAAGCGUGACAAAAAUGAUACCGACCGUGGUACGGAGAUUGAUGAAGAUAAUCCCGAGAUGGCACGUUUGACCAGAUACAACGAUGGCUCGGUGAAGCUGCGGAAUCCUAACAUCGAACUCAUGGAUCAGGACAUCCUGUACCAUUUAGCGCUAGGGAGCGGGAGCCACGAUCUGCAUGAAAUGUUUGGCGAUGUGAAGUUUGUCUGCAUGGGUGGAACACCGAAGCGCAUGGAAACGUUUGCCCACUUCAUUAUGGAAGAAAUCGGCUACAAACUUCCGGCCGGUACGCAGCUGCAGGAUAUUAGUGCAUUUUCCUACCGUUACUCAAUGUACAAGGUUGGGCCUGUGCUGUCUAUCAGCCAUGGUAUGGGCGUACCGUCGGUUGGUAUCCUGCUGCACGAGCUGAUCAAGCUGAUGUACCACGCCAAGGUAAAGGAUCCGAUCUUUGUGCGAAUUGGUACGUGCGGUGGUAUCGGUGUGGAAGGUGGCACCGUCGUCAUUACGGAAGAUGCGUAUGAUGGUUUACUCCGCAACAGCUAUGAGCUGGCUAUUCUUGGCAAAAUAGUCCACCGUCCGGCAAUUUUGGAUAAACGGCUAGUGCGGGAGCUGAAGUCACUUGCCACGCACGAUGAUCCCUACGAAACAAUUACCGGCAAAACGAUGUGCACCUACGAUUUCUACGAAGGCCAGGGCAGGUUAGAUGGUGCAUUCUGUGAAUUUACGGAAACGGACAAAAUGGCGUAUCUGGAGAAAUUGCGCGAUUUCGGUGUGGUAAACAUCGAGAUGGAGUGUACCAUAUUUGCGGCGCUCACGCAUUACGCCGGCAUCAAGGCGGCAAUCAUAUGCGUAACGCUGCUGGACAGACUGAAGGGCGACCAGGUGAUGGCACCGAAGGAGGUGAUGAACGAAUGGCAACAACGACCACAGAUUUUAGUGUCCCGAUUAAUUAAGAAGCACCUCGCGCAGAUGGGCCACCUAAAGUCGCUUGCCUCGACACCGUCGUCCAUUAAAUCGCCGCGUCGGUUUAAGCUGGUGCAGCAGGAAUCGGAAGCGCACGAGUAAAU